AUGUUAAAAUCACUACCAGCAAAGACCCAAGAUAAUUCAUCAAUUGAAUUGUUUAUUAAUUUCAAGACUGAUUGUGUUAAUUCUAAAUCAACUAUUAUAUCUACCGAAUUAACUAAAUAUUAUAGAUAUCUCCAAGACCAUCAAGAUAACGUUCAAUUUUUUAUUUCAAACUUCAUGAGAUCCAAAACAGAAUGCUAUAAAGUAUUUUUCAAUGUUCCAACUAAAAGAUGGAUUCUUGAUUAUAUUGAAAGUUCAGAUAGGAUGCGUAAAAGAAUUAUAUCUGAAGAAUACGCUGUAAAUGAUGAAAAAUUUUCUCGCAAGAUUGAGGAAUUUGAGUUGAUUGAAGAUCCUGGCAGUUUUGAAAAUACUCAAGAAGAUAAAAACAGAAAAAUUUUAAGAAGUCUUUUUAUAGGUGAUAGAAUUAGAGAUCUUUGGAAUGUUAGUCAAAUUCUUGGAUUAGAAGCGGCAGAGGGGAUUCUCAUAUUAGGAGAGACUCAUUUAUAUUUAAUUGAAAAUUAUUUUCAUUGUCCUAAUGGUGAAGUCGUUGAUGUGGAAGAUGCUCCACCAGGUUCUCGUGAUCCUUACAUGCAAUUGAUUGCUGGACCAUCCAAAUCAAAAGAGACAAGGGUAAAAAAUAAUCGAUCACAUAAAAGCAGCACCUGGGAGACCACCAAGAUGAUUUCAGUCUCUAAACGACAGUUUUUGUUAAGAGAUGUAGCGUUGGAAAUUUUUUUUCUAAAUGGAAGCAGUUUUUUGAUUACAUGCAGAGAUACUAAAGAAAGGGAUUUAAUUUAUUCUAAAUUAUCAGUUUGUGCAUCAAGCAGUGGAAUGGACAAGGAUCUUGCAGAAGUCUUUAGAGUUGCAAACUCAUCUGCGACAAUAUCUACCAAUUCUAAUUUGGCACUUAAAUUAGCCAAUGCAUUUACUCAAAAUACUUUGGGUACUAAUUUAUAUGUUACAAGAAAAUGGAGAAAGGGACAGACAUCUAAUUUUUAUUACUUGAUGAUUGUUAACACAUUGGCGGGAAGGACAUUUAAUGAUUUAACCCAAUAUCCCAUUUUUCCUUGGGUGAUUGCCGAUUAUACCAGUGAAGAGUUGGAUUUGAAUGAUCCUAAAACAUUUAGAGAUUUGUCAAAACCAAUGGGAGCGCAAAAUCCACAAAGAGAAGCUCAAUUUCGAGAAAGGUAUGAAGCUUUAAUUGGGAUGACAGAUGAAUCAGCUCCGCCAUUUCAUUAUGGAACACAUUAUUCCUCUGCAAUGAUAGUAACCUCGUUUUUAAUACGUCUUGAACCGUAUGUUCAAUCGUAUCUUAUCUUGCAGGGAGGAAAGUUUGACCACGCAGAUAGGAUGUUUUACUCUAUUCCAAAGGCAUGGAAUUCUGCAUCGAAGGAUAAUAAUGCUGAUGUUAGAGAGUUGAUUCCUGAAUUUUAUUACUUAGAUGAUUUCUUAACUAACUCAAAUAAUUAUAAAUUCGGAAAGUUGCAAAAUGGAGAGUCUAUAAACAAUGUUGAACUACCGCCAUGGGCUAAAGGUGAUCCAAAAAUUUUUAUCAAGAAACAAAGAGAAGCGUUAGAAAGUUCGUAUGUUUCAGCGCAUUUAAAUGAAUGGAUUGAUUUGGUAUUUGGGUACAAACAACGAGGACAAAACGCCAUUGAUUGUACAAAUGUUUUUCAUUAUCUUAGUUAUCAAGGAGCUAUUGAUCUCGAUAAAAUUAAAGAUGAAAAUGAAAGAAAAGCAAUGACAGGAAUUAUUCAUAAUUUCGGGCAAACCCCACUACAAGUUUUUACCAAGCCUCAUCCAGUAAAGGAAGUGUUAUAUAAUGUGAAAUUAGAGAUUAAAAAAAUGUUAGACAUACCUGUUCAUGUAUCUGAAUCAAGAUCCAAACGGCCAAUCGAACAUAUUGAAUUAAACCAUAAGGAUAAUUGUUGGAAGGGUAGAAUGAAAUUGUUUUCAACUCAAGAUAAUUUAAGAAUUCGUGGGGGGCAAACUGUUUCAUCAAUGUCAAUAAAUGGUAGGGUAUUUGAAGAUAUUCAUCUUGGGUCUAUUACAAGUUUAGCUCAAAUUGGUAAUAGAAUGUUUCUUACAGGGUCCAACGAUGGAACUAUUAACAUUUGGAAGUAUCCAUUAAGAGGAAACUUGGUUGGUAAAGAGGGAUACAAUGAUUUGAAUGAUGGUAUGAAAAAAUACGAUAUUGACUUGGAAUUUCAAGGUGUAUUAAGAGGGCAUUUGAGUUCGGUGGUUUCCAUCAAGGUGGCACCUUCUUAUAAUCUAGCACUAAGUUUAGAUGCCAAUGGGUAUGCAUGGCUAUGGGAUAUUUCCCGAUUCAAGUUUAUCAGAAAGUUCUCGAUGAACAGCAAGCAACAGGGCAGUAAGUUUGCUAGAAAUUUCAAGAAAAUCGAGCAAAUAGCGAUUUCAAAUGACAGUGGGAUGAUUGCGAUUAGUGGAAAAAGUCUUUUGAAACUAUUCACAAUCAAUGGCAAUUUUAUCACCGAAAAGAAAUUGAGGGAUAACAUAACAUCAAUCUCCUUUGGAAACUUGAAUAUGAUCAUCCAAAAGCCCAAUGGCAACACAAGCAUCAGCCGAGACUACUUGCAGAACCACGAGUUCUGGGAGGACUACCAGAUAGUCGUUACUGGAGGAAAGAAAAGCAUCGAGGCCCACGAGUUGGUCGUCAAAGAUGGCAGCUGGAGCAUCAGCAAACUCAGAAGCUUCUCCUUCACACAAAAAGACAGAGGAAGCAACUUUCCACAGAGCUGGAUCACAUCCAUCGAGAUGGUUUUGCGGAGCGAGUUGAACGGCGACGGCGAACGUAUCGGCCGUGGGGAGAUCGUGGCCGGCGACUCGAAGGGACGGCUUGCGAUCUGGCGGUGA